GAACCUUUGAAACUGGAUGGAAACAGGGAGCAGAAUCACACCUUCAGUUAGCUCUGUGCCGCCUCUCUUCCCUUCCGCAGCUAUAAGCCCCCCAGGUUAGGCUGGCCCAGGCCACAGCUACCCUCUGUCUUCAGGAAGCCCCUGGUGUUCCAGUGCCCAGGGCCCUCCCUGCUCUCGGGUCCCCCAUGCCUUCAGCUGAGAAAGUUCCAGGAGGGCUCCCGGCCCCAUGCCCAGGAGGGCAGCUGCCCCUCACCUCUCCGCACACGUCUUUGCAGAGUUUGAUGGGGCGUCGGGCGGAUGACAGCAGGAACGGUUGUGAUCACUGGCGGAAUCCUAGCUACGGUCAUUCUCCUCUGCAUCAUCGCCGUCCUGUGCUACUGUAGGCUCCAGUAUUACUGCUGCAAGAGGAGCAGAGCCGAGGAUGCACGCGAGGAGGAGGAGGAGGAUCACGACCUGCCCGCACACCGCAGAGGCCCCACCUGCAAUGCCUGCAGCUCCCAGGCCCUGGACGGCCGAGGCGGCCUGGCGCCUCCCACCAGAGAGCCCUGCGGCCAGCCGUGCGGGGUGGCGGCCAGCCACUGCACUGCCUGCUCCCUCUACAGCUCUCCCUUUUACAUACCGACGGCUGACAUGCUGCCCAACGGGGGCGGAGGCGAGAGGCUCUCCUUUGCUCCCACAUACUACAAGGAGGGGGGACCCCCAUGCCUCCAACUGGCAGCGCCCCAGAGUUACCCGGUGACGUGGCCAGGCUCUGGCCGUGAGGCCUUCACCAAUCCAAGGGCUAUUAGCACAGACGUGUAACCCCUUCCACCCCCGCCACGCACCAGCGCUGCUGCCCCAGCAGGAGCAAUGGGGACAGCGGACGACACCCCCCAGCACGGCCCACAGGGACGGUCUCAGUUUUCCUGGCUUUCCUUUUCCCACAGUGGAGGGCUCACCCGGAUUCAGGCUGUUGAGGGCAUUAAGAACCAGGGCAGGGCCUGGCCCCGCGGUCCACAGGUGGCGGCCUGACAGGUCAUGUUGGCAGCUUAGACAGUUUCUCUGUUGGGACUGUCCUGUGGCCAGUGCCAGCGCUGCCACCACCCUCUCACUUCCCUCAGUCCCCUGGCUUUGCCGGACCAGGGGAAAGCUGAGCAAAGGCUCUGGGGGUCUCCGGAGUCCUUGGGGGAUGGAAGGAGAAGGGGGGUGUGUAGGGCAAAGGGAGAGGCCAGAGCUGAGGCAUUGGCAGAACUCGAGAAGGGAGAGGAAGGGGUUAAAGGGACUCUUCAGGACCUGCUUGCUGAAAUGAAUCCAAGAGCUAGUUCACAAUCUAGUUUUGUACUUCGCCUGUUCUAGAGACUGCACUCCCUGUAGCUGUUCCAGCACGGAUAUUGCUUCCUGAAACACAUCACAUCUGCAUCUGCCUCUGUCUUCACAGAACACGUCGACUGGACUUUAAAGGCUGUGGCAUAAGGUUAUUUGUGAGGAAUGCACCCAAAAUGGAUGUCUCCCCACAAAUCCUCUUUCUCUGCCUCGGGAACCAGCUGCCCCGGCUGGAGAACCUUUUGCAAGUUUUGUUACUAGAGUUUGAGUAGCUUAGCAAAGGAAAGCCUGCUGAUGGUCUCGGGGCCCUGGUCCGCCACGCUGAGCACUGUGCGUGGAUGCAGCCCUGCGAGGACGUGUGCAUUCCCAGGUGUGUGCACACGGGCCUGUCACCAACAGUGCACACCAGGACUUUGCCACCUGCAGGAGCUGCAGGGCGGAAGGGUCUCUGAUGUACCAACUAGAAAGAAAAAUCUGACUCCAGACAGCAGGAGCGAAAGGUGAUCAAGGUGACGGCCAAUCCCCACGGCAGCCAGCUGGCUGGUACGGGAAGAGCCUGCGGAGUCUCCCCUGGGAUAACGCUGCUGCGUGGAAGCCACGGAAGCCCCUCCAGAGACCUGGUGUUCUCCCUGGGCAUCCAGCCACGAGGCCACAGAGCAGGACCCCUUCGUUUCACCACGGAUGGCAGCCCUCGCUCUGAGGAUGGGAGGGAUUUGACUUAGCAAUCAGGUUCCAUGCUGGCUGCCCUGCCUCCGCUGACCCACCCCCCCAGUCACAGGACAGGGCCCUGUUUAUUGCUGUGUCACUCUAGCCCCAGUCCAACUCCCAGUUGUAACUCAGCUGUGGCCUUAUGCUGCUUGAGUGAAUGCAUCUGAUGAGUUUCCCAGUUGCCUCUGCAGUGAGGGGUGGCUGUCCCCCCACCUCCUAAGGGCAUUAGGAACCCCCAGACUCUCUUGCGUCACCGAGUGCUGCAGAGCGUGGGGCAGGGAGGGAGCUGUGGCCCCUCUGCUGAAAUCUUGAUUUUUUGCAUUUGCGACAGGGAGGGUGAAGCUGGGGAAGGGGAAGAGAAUUCGCCGCACCUUUUGCAUCACUCUGGGCACUUGUCACCUUGCAUCUCAACCUGUAAUCGAGGAUCACAGGGUUGAGAAUCAGAGGAGCUCUAGGACCAGUCUCUUAUCUCCUCUGAGAUUCCAUUUUCUCCAGGGAAACGAGACUUGCGCAGGUGGACUCUGAGGACCCUUUAAUGCUCCAUGAAGCCAGCCAGACCACUCUUCCUUGCCGCAGUCCUGGCAGGGGCUGGAUGCACUUGCCAACUGCCUGAUCCUGUGUGCAGAGAUUUGUGUUAAUGCAUGAAAGACCACAGUAAAACACAGGGUUCGCAGGCAAAACCAUUUUAAUCAUCAGUGGAAAGCAGACAUGUUUGACCGUCCUACUGAGUGACCUCAAAUGAUAACAUUUCUCUGCUACCAGGAGACAGCUCUAGCUGGGGUAAUGAGCUGUGUUUCAGAGCCGGGAGGGACCAGCUGAGGACGGCAGCUUUUCAUGCCCAUCCCACUGCCAGCCCUUACUGGGCUAAGCACGCCCCCUUGACACUAGCUGCUGGGCCUGGGCAUCCUCGCCGCUUCCUGACGACCAGCCCCAGUGCCUUGCUUGCCGCCCUGGGAUUCCACCAUCACACAACCACAGCAGCGGCUGCCCCCUCCUCACCCAGAAGUUCCAGUACCACCCGCCUUGGGAGAAAUCAAGACCCAGUCAACUCUCACCUGCUUCUUGGCCCUGAUCUGUUGGGGUCCCUGAGUGAAAAGCAUCUUGUGCAAACCUGUCUCCUCCUAGAGCUUUCCCAGCCUAAAUCAACCCACAUAUCAAAAUCUGAGUUUGGGGCAUUAGAGAGAUGGUGGCCGCGGCCCUCGCCACACAGCCGCAUGUUGCUCAGGGCACAGGCUCAAGGUUGCCUGCCCGCCUCCCUGCAGCCACAAGGGCCUUGCCUGUGGAAGAGGAAGCUCACCCCACUCAACCACACUGUACUUUGUAGCUGCCGAGUCUGUGCUCUGGGACGCUAUGUGGACACUUUGCAAACUGCACCCUAAACAGGAAGAGGAGAGGCAGGGGACACCCUGCUCUCUCCGCCUUUUCGCUCCACCCCCACUUCACUGCUCCUGCUACAGAUUUCUUGCCCUGCAUCUUUGAUAACUUGGAGUCACAACUAAGUGAAUGUCAAAAUAAAGGAGGAAUUG